AGGGAGUUAGAAGUUAAACAGCUGUAUCUCUAGUUGAUCUCUGCAUAUUUUAAUCCAAAUAUGGUAAAGGGCAGGGCUAAAGAAGGGAGUGUCCUUAUAAUAAACAGGGCUCAGAACUUGUAACAGAAAAUUAAAAUACACUCCACUGAAGUUCUCGCGUGGUUAACUUUGCACUUUGGUUAAAGUCUCAUUUAGAUUUAAAUUUCUAAACUUUGCUUAUGAAAUUAAGUUUUCUUUGAUCUCCUCUCUUCUGAAUUGCAGAAAGCAGAUAAAACUACUUGAUAAAAUGAUUUCCUGUCACGCUGCUGAAGAUCCUAUUAAAAAGGUUGCUAUCUUUGGAGGAACUCAUGGGAAUGAACUAACAGGAGUAUUCCUAGUUAAGCACUGGCUGGAGAACGGCACUGAGAUUCAGAGAACAGGGCUGGAAGUAAAACCAUUUAUUACCAACCCAAGAGCAGUGAAGGAGUGCACCAGAUAUAUUGACUGUGACCUGAAUCGAGUUUUUGGACCUGAAUAUCUUGGCAAAAAAAUGUCAGAGGAUUUGCCAUAUGAAGUGAGAAGGGCUCAAGAAAUAAAUCAUUUAUUUGGUCCAAAAGAUAGUGAAGAUUCCUAUGACAUUAUUUUUGACCUUCACAACACUACUUCUAAUAUGGGGUGCACUCUUAUCCUUGAAGAUUCCAGGAGUGACUUUUUAAUUCAGAUGUUUCAUUAUAUUAAGACUUCUUUGGCUCCAUUACCCUGCUAUGUUUACCUUAUUGAGCAUCCUUCCCUCAGAUAUGCAACCACUCGUUCUAUAGCCAAGUAUCCUGUUGGUAUAGAAGUUGGUCCCCAGCCUCAAGGGGUUCUGAGAGCUGAUAUUCUGGAUCAAAUGAGAAAAAUGAUUAAACAUGCUCUUGAUUUUAUACAUAAUUUCAAUGAAGGAAAAGAAUUUCCUCCCUGUGCUAUUGAAGUCUAUAAAAUAAUGGAGAAAGUUGAUUAUCCCAGGAAUGAAAGUGGAGAAAUUGCUGCUAUUAUCCACCCUAAACUGCAGGAUCAAGACUGGAAACCAUUGCACCCUGGGGAUCCUGUGUUUUUAACUCCUGAUGGAAAGACUAUUCCAUUGGGCGGAGACCAUACCGUGUACCCGGUGUUUGUAAACGAGGCUGCAUAUUAUGAAAAGAAAGAAGCUUUCGCAAAGACAGCUAAAUUAACACUCAAUGCAAAAAGUAUUCGCUCCUCUUUACAUUAGAAAUCACUUCUAGCUCACUUGUUAUCGAGUACCUUGAAAAAUUCUACUAGUUCGUAAGCUCCUGAAGAGCAGGAUUGUGCCUUAUUCAUUUCCACAGCACCUAGCCCAGUGCCUUGCACACAAUGGACAUUCAGGUAAAUUUCUUGAAUGAGUGAAUACAUUAAUGAAUACCUUUUAUAGAUAUCGUACUUUAUGUAUGUAACUUAUUCAAAGAAGCACAUUUCUUAUUUCUGUAUAGCUUUUUAUACCUUAUACUUUGAUAGUUUAACAUUCUUGGUAAACAGCCUUUGAAUUUAAAUUUUAACAUUGAAAUAGAUACUAUAUACAAAACAAUAAUAACUUGAGCAUAUAAUUAAAUGUUGUAUGUUUUCAAGUAAUGUAAAACUGCUACUAGAAACUAAUGGUAUUUUAAAUUUUUUCACAUUUGAAUUAAUGAUAAAGUAUUAAGGAUCCAGUCUAUCAACUUUAGCAGUAGUUGUGAUAUCUGUAGAUUUUUAAAUGCUCUUUUGAAGAUGAAACGUGAACAAGAAAUGAGGGCUGAUUGUAAAGGUGACAUUAUGAAUAAAUCAAGAAACUCUGAA